AUGGCGUGGUACUCCAUUCUCCCACCACAACUCAUUCAGGUGGAAAGUUGGGCUUUUCUCCUCGGCCUUAUCACGAUCCUUCCCUGGUUUGCGCUCAUCGUUUUCGACGCAGGGCUGUGGCUUUAUCGCAUAAUACAUUGGGAACUUCCUUGGAUCGGUGGACGCGCGCGCGGCCAACAGCGACCCCGGGCCCCGAGCCUUAACGAACGACCAGAUGGACAACGGCGAGCAUUUGGAUUACGUGGUGUGGAGACCGAUACUAGUGACCGUGACCAUGGGCAAGAAUCAACAGACGAUAUGACACAUGAUAAGACCUCUCGGGGUGAGAGAGACAUGGGAAAAGAGGAUAUGGCGCCUAGUACGGAUGGAUCGGUCCAUUCAGAUGCUAACGGAGUGAUGAAGCAUAGAGGUGGCCGGUCAUGA